AGACUGAAGCCCUACCCAUUAAUGAUCUCACAAGCUGUAAUUAUAUACCUUGUGCUUGGGUUCAGAGUCAUUUGAUGAAUGUACUUAGAGUGGUGCAGAAGACCGUCAGUUUCUGCUUCAGGAAAUCUUACUUCAAUGUUCAGCAAGCUGAAGAACUCAAAAAGUACAAAUUCCAGGUUUUACCUCGUCCCUGCCAACGUGGAAGAGGUGCAUUCUGGAUACCUGUACAAGUCACCGCCUUACACUCUUUUCAAAUCCUUGAAAUCAUGGAAGAGGAGGUACUUUGUGCUGAGCAAGACCCCUGGAAAUCUGUACGAGCUGAAAUUCUUCAGGGACAAAAAUAAAAGAGACAAACAACUAGGACAAAUCAGCCUUCAUGAGGUUUCACUGCUAUUCCAGCAUGCAGAAUCACAUCCAAUUUGCUCGUGGAUACAAAGGAACUUUAAAUGCUCUGCAUCCUGUGUUCUGUACAUGAGGGUGCCAGAGAGAGAAUAUUUCCUUGUUGGAGAAAACAGUGAUGAGGUGGAGGACUGGUUUAAUGCAAUGUUUAAGGCAUUGAACACACGGCCCAAAUCAGAGGAAUUCAGGAAAUGUAGGUCAAUAUCUGAGCCUUCAGGUGUGUAUCGUGAUCCACAAUGGUUUGAAGACCAAGAACAGAAUAAAACUGAAUCGGUUCCAUCAUCUCUUCCAACAAGACAGUCUGCCCCUGAGUACUUUAACGCUCUGUACUCUCACUAUGAUUAUCCAAAAAAUUACAUGAAGACACUAUCACAACCUCAGGAAAGUGAUGACUCUGAUGACGAUGAGGAAGAUGAAAUGAAGAUAAACCAAGAAAGUGAACCAGAAGAAAGCAUUAGCAACUACAUGGACAUGAUAUGUGUGACAGAGAUAAUGAGACAUGCUCAGAAUAAAGAGGCCUUGAUUCCUCAGACAAAUGUGGAGGGAAAUAAUGUUUUGGAGAACUCGCUGACUGGCUCUACUGCUCUGAGCGGCCAGAUUUCACCAGGAAGUGAAACGUUCAUCCCUGCGAAGGAGGAAAUAGAAAUAUUUGUUAGUCAAAAUGAGCUGAAAUACAGUGUGAUCUCAGAGAAAGGGGGCAGAGUAUGUGUGUCCAACUGGAUGCAUAGGCAAUCAUCUGAGCUGUUCCAUGAGGGUGACCAAAUCCUAGCUGUUAAUGACCUUCUUACAGACAGUCUGGUGGAGUUGAAAAAUUAUCUAAAGAGGCUUACUAAAGACCAGGUAAAAUUGACUAUCUUAAGACAACCAGGGUCCCAACCCUUAACUGGAUGUUGCACGUAAAAUGACCUCUGCUCUGAUUCUUUGCAUCUCCCAGCAUUGAAAUACAGACAUGUGUUCGACGUUAUGAAGAUCAGGCAUCCUGACUCUCUUUGCCUUUAAGCAAGCUGCAGUGUGAUGUCUGGGACUGUUUUACAAUGCUGCUCAAAAGAAUAUAUUCCAAAUUAUUCAAAAUAGACACCUUCUAAACCUAGUCUGGGAUGACUGUUACUGUACGUUGAACUCUGCUCUGAUGAAGAAUUGAAAAGACCCCAGCUAUCUGUACAUGCAGUACUCUGCACUUCUCUUGCCUUUGGGAGAACUACAUCAUGAAGCUGUCUAGGCUUUCAAAUGUGCAGACGAGAAAGAGUUUAGACUGCACGGAAAUUUAAGCCACUUUACAGACUUUCAGAAUGUUGCACUGAUGUUAUUUUUCCUCCUCUACUUGAUCAUUUUUCCAACUUAAAAAAUACACAUGGAAAAUUAUUACUUUCACAGAUGUAUUGGAGAUGACAAUAUGAUAUAUUCUGACAUGAGUUUAAAUUCCUAAAUGUUAUACCUGUUUUUAAACAAAUAUAUAAUUUCUGUCUA